AUGACCUCCGGCCAAAAUACGUCUGUUCGUGUUGUCGCAGCAUGGGAAGACCGCCUUUGGCUGGAGUGCAGCCACUCGCGAACAAAUGACUGGAACCGGACGCGAAGGCUCGAUACGGCGGCUGUGGUAGAAAGCAGCCUGUUCACAUCUCGCCGUACAUUUACCGCACAUCUACACGAGGACUCAGCAGUCCAGCCAUACAUCUCGCCUUACCGCCAAAAUAGAGCAUUCGAGAUCGAGGGAUAUUACCAAGUGCAUCUGCGAGAGUACGACCAAGAUAUGCCCGGCAUCUCGUGUUGUGUUUGCUACCCAGACAGCGUGCAGAUCAGUCAAGAGUCUUCGUUGCCUGUGGAACUCUGGGAGCAGAUCUUGGACGAUGUUGCGGAGGAACAGAACUACGAUGCGAUAGCGAGAUGCGCCAGGGUCUGCCGAUUCUUUCGGCAUAGGUGUAGGAAACAUUUAAGGGUCGGGUUCUGGUUCAGCAGCGAAGACGACGUGGAGCACCUCAAGACAGAUACUGCAGCAAAGGAGAUCGGGGGCUGGCGAGGACCAAAAUAUGUGACCAUCAGGGGAGGAAAGGUUUCGAAAGUGAUUCCACACGUGGCCACGUUCGCAUCCAAAUUCGCAGACAGAUGGGCUCAGACCGAGACGCUGUACAUCCAGCAGGCGUCGUGGCCGUCGUCACUCCGGGCCGCCGACGCUGCCGUCUUCCGGGAUUUGUCCCACUUUGCCUCGAUCACCCAACUCGACUUAUAUGACGUCACAUUUCCAUCCGUCGUCACGUUUGGCGCCCUCGUCUCGGCUCUGCCACGUCUCGAAAAGCUCAUACUCCUUGAUGUUAAGUUCCCCAGAUCCUCGUUUCUGUUCGACCCUCGCACGCUAUCCGACUUCCGCCUGCUGCCACCACCGAAGAACCUGGUGCAUAUACACUUGGGUGCUGACCACUGGCGUAAGGUCGAAUUUCAUCCUACUGUGUGGCCGUGCUAUGUGGAGCUCCUCGGUUUCAUAAGUGCCGUGAGCAACCCUUGUGCAAAGUCCCUUCGCGUGUAUCCGUGGGGUUCGGUCUGCCGCUUGCAAUUCCAGGAAUCUGUCUGGUGGAGAUUCUCCUCCUCCUCUAUUGCUCGGCUCCUGCAUGCGCUCCCAUCACUGGAGUCCCUCGUGCUCUUCUGCGCAAGACAGGAAAUUGACUCGGAGGAACUGAGGAUCAUAGGUGCCCCUGCAUAUCCCAGGCUGAAACCAAUUGAUAUUCUCGUGGAAUGUGGGACUCCUUCGUCUCAGCAUGAGGUGGAUAUUCUCCGUGCCUUGAUCAAGAUGAACUAUCCCCUCAGAAUAACAGAUAUCCACGCUCCGACAUUUCCCACUUCACGAGAGGCUGAUACGAUUAUCGCCCCUCUGAAUAGAUUAGUCAGGCACGCGGGACAAUCACUCGAGCAUAUUCUCAUCAAAGUCGACAAAGUCAAUGAUUGGGACAUCAGACCUGUUUCAGACCAAUACCGCCAUUUUGAUCUUUCUAAGAAUACGAACCUCAAAACGAUAACAAUUUGUACUUGUCGGGUAUUCCGCAUCAGCGAGAUUCUGUCUCGCGUCACGUCAAGAUGUCUCUCUUCUGUCAACAUCAAUUUCAAAUGGUUGGACUGGAGUGAUCGAGGAACGUUCAACGACAUAUUUUCUCAAAUGAACGCUGUGCUCUCACUUCCCGUAUUCGACAACCUCGUGCACGUACCUAUAGUGAUGGAAUGGUAUGACCUCGACGAGAAAUACGCGUAUCGGAUGAGGUCAUGCUUGGCCGGUCUCGAUAUACGGGGGAUUCUAGGGAUUAGAACAUGUCCCAAAUACUGGAUGCCCGGUGUCAGGCUCGGAUUGAUAUGGGAUUAUGAAAUCAAAGACUGGAGACGUUUUGAUAGCAAGACGGACGAGGACGGCAAUGUAAAAAUCGUCGAGGUCCCUGCUUUUGAAGCUAGUGCACCUCCUGAAGCAAUGGCAGCGUACACGGCGUGGCAGCCUCGAGCUCGUAUCUAUGAAUAUCGGAAUCUAUCUUCCUGGCGGUGGAUGAUGCGCGGUACUCAUGCAUUCGUGCGUAGGAGAUUCUACAGCGUAUCCGUGCACACGAAGUGGUCAAGAUUGAUGGAGCUAGUCAAGAUCAUGCGGAUGGCUGAUGAUGUCUUCCCCCAGCAGACCCGGAUGUUGUGA